UAAGAAUAUGGCACAUGUCAAGGCCCAAGCCGAGGUUGAGGAUACCUACAACCUUGAUCUGAACUCUUUCAUGUUCUGUAAUUUCCGUAAGAGUCAGGGGAUUACAAGCCACCACAAGCCGAAAGGGAAGUAUACGAUCAGCCACUCCCCAAGCGCUGCGAGAGAAGUGGGAAGGAAGAAUAAGAUUAGUAUGAAAUCUUAUCAGAUAAGCUUCAUGAAAGAUUAUCACCGUUUGAAAUAAUCAGAGAGUUAUGAAUAUGAGAAAGUGACAAAAUAAGUUUGAUACUUUUGCAACUGGGAAAACUAUCUUCCCUCAAAGCAGAAGUUCUAGUAAAUCAAGCAUGAAAGAUGUUGGCACAGAAAUACCUUUGACUAAGAGUUUAAAGAAACCUAGGGAUAAUGAAACCAGUGGGCUUGAGAUCAUCAUACCUCAAGCUCAGAAAUUUCAAAAUUCAACCAAGAGUAUUGAAGAGGUGCAGGAAAAAAGCAAAAACCACUUAAUGGAGGCUUUCAGACCACCCCAAGAUGCCAGAAAUAGCUUAUUUCCUAAUAUAAAAGGGCAAUCGGGGAGUCUUUCUAGAGCUUCAGAGGGUUUCAACCCCAAAAACUCGCACGAAUCUCCUCACAGUAGUGUCAGUCAAGGAGAUGAGAGUGCUUAUCAGAGGAAGAUUUUGGACAAAAUGAUCCAAUAUUGUCAACCAAAAGUUGAGUGUCACAAAUCUCUUAACAAACGACAAGGUCAACCCACAAAGAAGCUUGUGCUAUCCAAGAUUGACAAGCUGAGAAUAUACUCAGAAACUGAAUUGAGACAGCAGCUGUGCAAAGAGAUUUUAGAAAAUAAAUAAGUUCCUCGAGUCCAAACAGAGGGAUCACCAGAGGGAUGCCAAGAAAUCUGCUUUUGCUGAUGAAGAAAAUUCUGCUAAAAAGUUUGGUGAUAGAAGAGAUAUCACUUUUAAAAGUAUCCGGAUCUCAAACCAGAAGCUUAAAGUGAACCCUCUGACUCUUAAAAAAGGCUCUAUUAGUCAGAUUAAGUUUAGAGAUCUAAAAUCGAAUCGUAAGCAGAGCAAUAAAUCAAAAUCAAGGAGAUGAAGGAGCAGAAGAGACACAGUGAAAGCUUCAAGAUCAUAUUUCCUAAAAUAAGACUCCUAACCCAAAGGGGAGAUUUCUUAAGAAAGAGACUACUAUUGAAACAGUAUAUCCCAAAUAUUGUGAUCCUAGUAGUGCCAAAUUAGCAGACUUGAAGGCAAAUUUCUUCAAGAAUAUUAAAAAUCCCCCGAAGCAAAACUUACAUAGCUCAAGUUUCUCAUCAUACUUUGGGAAUUGCUCACCGAGUGAUGGUAAUAGAGAGAAUGAAGACUACAGUCACACUAUUAAUCAAGAUUUUAGGCUAUCGCCUAAAAUCUAUACCAAAAAUGCGAAAUUCAUUAAGACAGUGAGGAACUCUCAUGUAGCCAGGCCAAAUAUCUCAAAUAAAUCCUUGGGCAUAUUCAGACAUUUUUAACACCCAAUUUUCAUUA